CACAACACACUUAAAAAUUCAAAAAAAAAUAUGACUGGUAGCAAUUGUCUCUUUACUCUACAUCUGAAUCAACAUCAACAACUACUAGUAGUAUGUUUUACUAUAUUGUUGUUUUUGUCGGAUUUAGUAAUGCCUUACACGGUUGAAAUUUCUGAUUCCAAUAGCUCCACCGUGCCUUCAGGUUCCACACCACUAAUAGAUGGCAUUUCACCUAAACAAGAUAAUGCAAGAACCGAUCCCCGCGAGCAACAUGCAGUUUACGACAUCAUGAGAGCCACUGGCAACGAUUGGGCCACCGACAUCCCUGACGUUUGUCGUGGUCGGUGGCAUGGCAUCGAAUGCAUGCCCGAUAAAGACAAUGUGUACCACAUUGUCUCCCUCUCCUUCGGUGCUCUCUCAGACGACACGGCUUUUCCUACGUGCGAUCCCACGAGUUCCACCAUUUCACCCUCCAUCCUAAACCUCCCUCAUCUCAAAACCCUCUUCUUUUACCGUUGUUUUAGUUACAAUCCUCACCCUAUACCAUCUUUCUUGGGCCGAUUGGGCCCUUCAUUGCAAACUCUAGUCUUAAGAGAAAAUGGUCAUAUAGGCCGAAUUCCUAAUGAAUUGGGUAAUCUCACCUGUCUUAAGGUCCUUGAUCUUCAUAAAAACAAUCUCAAUGGUUCCAUACCGGUUUCAUUGAACCGGAUAACCGGUCUAAAGUCGUUGGACUUGAGUGUUAACAAGUUAACUGGUCCCAUACCCAACCUGACUUUCUUGAACUUAAAUGUAUUGGACUUGAACCAGAAUCGUCUAACAGAUUCAAUCCCUUCUACUCUUUGGGAAUGUCAAUCUCUUAUUAAAUUGGACUUGAGUCGAAACAGGCUCUCAGGCCCAAUUCCAGAUAAACUAAUGGGCCUAAAAGACCUUAUGCUUAUGGACUUGAGUUUCAACUGUAUUCAAGGCCCGUUUCCAAAGUCCCUAAAAAGCCUGAGUUCUCUUCAGGCCUUGAUGCUCAAAGGAAACCCAAUGGGCUCAACAAUAUUACCCAACAAUGGGUUCGACGGCAUGAAAGAUUUAACGAUUUUAGUUAUGUCGAAUAUGAAUUUGCUCGGCCCAAUACCGGAAUCGUUAGGUAAAUUACCAAACCUUCGCGUACUUCACCUUGAUGGGAACCACUUCAAUGGUUCGAUCCCGAAAAGCUUUCGAGAUUUGAGAAGCUUGAGUGAACUGAGGCUGAAUGAUAAUGGGCUAACUGGACCUGUUCCAUUUGAAAGGGAAAUGGUUUGGAGGAUGAAAAGAAAGUUAAGGCUUAAUAACAAUUCAGGGCUUUGUUAUGAUGCAAGUAGUGGUCUUGGAGAUAGUGUGGACUCUGAUCUUGGUAUUGGUUUGUGUGAGAGUUCAAGUCCAGGUUCGGUUAGGACAGUGCAACAUGUUUCAGACAGGGAAAAGCCUGCAUUAUUAGAUUAUGUUCCAAUCUCAUCGGAUGCUACACUUACAAGGUCAUUGAGACUAGUUACUUUUGUACUCUUUGCUUUAAUUUUCUUGUAAGUAAAGUAUAUUCAUUAUAAUAGCAUAGGAAAAGAAUCUAAGAAAGACCUUGUAAUGUUAAUUAUUAGCAAUAUCAGUGUUUUAGAUACAAUAAUGUCUCAUAAAUAAGAUGAUUACUAGUUGUACUCUAUGAUAUAAUUAUGUGCAGGGAUUACUUGUUCUAAA